AUGGCGAGCUACCGACCAGUGACGCCCUCGGCCUCGUACAACCCUGUCCCUGACAUUGACGACCCCUCGCAAUUGAGCAGAGGAUAUGGAUCCUCGUCGGCGCUCAAUGUCGGCGUGAACGACUUCGCAAACGACCACUACGGCUCUGCGCCCGCUGAGCGCCGCGGCAGGUUCGAGGAGAGCUUCGAUGCCUCUACCAGGGGCCACUCCAUCCUCGAUGGCGACCUGCCCCAGCGCUCUGCUUCACGGGCCUCGCGUGGCUCGACGACCCUCAACCAGGGCUCGACGCCCUCGCGCAGUGGGACGCUCAAGAAGAAAGGCUCUGUCAAGCGCACCGGCAGCUUGAAGCGCAGUGGCAGCCGGAGAAGCAUGCACGCGGGCAGCAUCCGUGGCGUGACGCUCGACGACCAGGAGGGCGGGUACGAUCGUGAAGAUAGCGUCUUCUACACGCCUGUCCCCACCAAGGGCUCGCCCACUGAGACCCUGGCCGAGCGCUUCCAGACUUGGCGCAAGUUCCUCAAGGACCUCAUCACCUACUUCCGCGAAGUCUCUUCUUCCUAUGAGCACCGUGCCAAGAGCCUUCUGAAGGUCUCCAACGUUAUCAACAACACCAAUGCGCCCUCUGCGCUCUUGGUUGAAGGCGGCCUCAACGACGCGAACCGCAUCUUGCGCGAUUUCCACAAGCAGGCAAUCGUCGAAGCGAACAAGGCCCGCGAUAUCGAGUCCGACGUCAUCAACCAGUUGAGUGGUCUGCGAGCCGACCUCGCACAAAAGAUCAAGGAGAUCAAGUCACUUUCUGGUGAUUUCAAGAACAAUGUGGAGAAGGAGAAGGAGACCACCAGGAAGUGCGUGACAGCGCUUGAGGAAGCAUUGGCUCUGGUCGACUCCGACCCCAACGCAGUCGCCGGCAAGGGCGACCCGUACGUAGUCCGUCUCGGAGUGGAGCGCCAGGUCGAGAGGCAGAUUGACGAGGAGAACUACCUGCACAGGGCCUAUCUCAACCUCGAGAACUCUGGACGUGAACUUGAGUCAAUUGUCGUGGGCGAGGUCCAGAAAGCGUACAAUGCGCUCGCGAGCAUCCUGAAGCGCGAUGCCGAUGAGAUGUACUCGACUGUGGAAAAGCUUCGCACUGGUCCAAUUGCCAUGCCUCGAGACCACGAGUGGACGCGUUUCGUGAAGAGCGACCCUCACUUUGUGAAUCCUGAUCUUCCUCUGCGCCGACUUGAGGACAUCGAGUAUCCCGGCAAACACCACCCGGCAACCGCUGAGGUCCGAGCCGGCAUGUUAGAGAGAAAGAGCAAAUACCUCAAGAGCUACACUGCUGGGUGGUAUGUCUUGUCACCGACCCAUCUCCACGAGUUCAAGUCAGCCGAUCGCAUAUACACUCAGCCUCCUGUCAUGUCACUAUACCUUCCAGACCAGAAACUUGGAUCGCGUUCUCAGCCAGGAAGCUCAUCGCACAAGUUUGUCAUCAAGGGCCGACAAACUGGAUCCAUGCAUCGUGGCCAUACUUGGGUUUUCCGCGCUGAGACAUACGAUACAAUGCUUGCCUGGUUCGAUGAUAUCAAAGCUCUCACGGAGACGAGCGGCGAGGAGCGCAAUGCGUUUGUACGCCGACAUGCGAGCGUCAGGAGUAUUAGUGCCGGCAGCCAUCAUUCAGCCAGCUCUGCGAGUGGACUCGAAGAAGACGAGGCCGAUGCGAUCCCGUAUAGCGCAAAUGCGUCCCUGGCGAACCAGCCCAUCAGGCAGGAAACCACCAGGCCAUCUCCAGGUGGGCGGUUCCCAUCCGAUUUGAAUACUUACCAAGGUGCUCCGCAGCCUCAAAUUUCAAAUGCUCAGCAAUACGAAGUGCAACCUCCAGUCGAACGACAUGAAAGCAACUACGGCAACUGGAUGGCCCCUGCCGCAGGUGGUGCUGUAGGUGGAGCAGCACUUGGAGCCCUCGCCGAAGAAGCUCAUCAGCGCAAGCAGAUGGCUCAGCAACAACAAAUGGCCCAAAGGGAACAGGCGGAACAACAGGAGCUCAACCAACAGGCAGUACAGAGUCAAGACCCUCGCUACCCUGCGGAGCAAUUCCCGCCGCCAACUAGCAGUGUUGUCAGCCCUGCACCCGCUGUCCCUGAGCGCGACCCUGACCAUCACGCCCCCGUCUCCUUCAUCGGCGCCAAAGAAGCUGGAGUUCACUCCACCCUGAUCCCUGCACCCGUUCUCGCAGCUGGGGCAUCUCGCGAACCCACGGCCUCGCACUUGGAUGACACCGUUGGUAGCCCAUCUACCACAGCGUCUUUUUUAAAUGAUUCUGAGGUUGGUGCCGCUGUUCCUGCUCCAGGAAAGACUAUCAACGGCGGACCUGUUCCCCAAGAACUAGUCGAUGUCGCAGAGAGCCAGGCCCAUCCAGGCAUGCACCGCACCAAUACCGACAUCAGCGUUAGUGACCUGCAUGUCCCUGGCGAGUAUCCCAAAGCUGCUGGUGGUGGUGCCAAGGUUCCUGCACCCGUGACUGAGGAAUCGUUGAUACAGAUGUGAGCUCUGAGCCGCUUCGUAAGAGGGGGAUAGAAGUUAUAUGUUCUUAUGGAUAUGACCUGGGACGCUUGGUAUGAUGUACGAAAUCACGUAUGCCUCUUAUUUGCUGGGCGAGGUGGGAUUCACCGAGGUCGACAUAUCUUUGCUCUGGGAUCUUUGCGCUGCGAGUCCUCACGCAUAGGCCGCUACCCUUCCCCUUUCGACUCUCUCGUUCAGCAAGUCUUUGCCCUUUUUUUUUGAUACCCGCACAUGUUAGUCGCGCGAAACCCUGCCCUUGCGUAUUUGUUAUUGUAGCAAUUUAAUCGAUCGAUGUCUUUGCAAA